AUGGAGGCCCCAGGCGAGCCGUACAAGAAGCGGAUGCGAACGGGGAAGGGAUGGGUUUAUCAUCUGGCGUUGCCCCGUCAGCAGCAGCAGCAGCAGGAGGAUCAAAAUCAGCAGCAUCAACAGCAGCAGCAGCAGCAGCAGCAGCAGCAGGAGCAGCAGCAGCAGCAGCAGGAGGAGGAGGGGGUGAAGCUGGUGCUGAAUGAGAGUUGUUAUUUUAUUGAGUCCGCCAGCAAGAAAGAGUUGGAUCACCUCCUAUCUAACCCUCGGAUUCGCAGUGCUUCGCUGCUGCCGCAGCAGCAGCAGCAGCAGCAGCAGAACCUUAUGCGGAUGAUGCAGCAGCAGCAAACACAGCAGCAUAUUACAGGAAACAACGAGCUCACAGACAUACAGAACCUUAUGCGGAUGAUGCAGCAGCAGCAAACACAGCAGCAUAUUACAGGAAACAACGAGCUCACGGACAUACAGCAGCAGCAGCAGCAGCAGCAGCAGCAGCAGCAGCAGCAGCAAGAGAAUGUCUAUCUAACCAGCAGCGCCCCAACCCUUGACACCUCCCAGCUAGCCUUCGUGCCUUCAGAGCCAGAUGCAGCAGCAGGAGAAAGCAGCAGCAGCAGCAGCAGCAGCAGCAGCAAGGGAGAACUGUUGUCGGGCCCUGGGGGCCUCUCUAUCGAUAAAGCAAACCAAACGCAGCAGCAGCAGCAGCAGCAGCAGCAGAACGGAAGCAAAGGUGCUCCUGACCGGCAGCAGCAGCAGCAGCAGCAGCAGGUAUAUUCUUUUCAGGUGCGUGCAGACAAGGUAGAGGAGGUGAAGAGGACCUCUAUAGAAGUGAUGCAGCGGCCGCUUCUUAGCGAAUAUGAUUUCAGAAAAGACUCAAAAAACGCAAAAAUUAAUUCGUUGCUGCUCAAGUCAACCACUAAGAUCAGGUACUAUAAAGAGAGAGCUCGGAGCGGCAUAAUAGUUGUUGUGCAGGAAAAAUUCUUACUGGAAUAA